ACCUGACCUUCAACGAGCUGGACGGUGUCUCUUCCUUCUAUUUUUUUUUUCACUUCCUCGUCUCACCUGUUGUUGCCUGGCGAGGGAAUCGACCGUGCACGCCCUAUACCGGUUCACUCGUCGCUGGGACACGCGGCAACACAGUUUCCGAGCGCGUUGGUAAACAGUGCAAUGGCGCCAACGUACGGAUACUGGGACCUGCGUGGCCUUGGCCAGCCGAUCCGCAACCUGCUCGUCUACAAGGGCGUGCAGUUCGACGACAAGCGUUACAAGUUCGGCGCCGCGCCCGACUACGACCGUGAAGAGUGGCUCAAGGAGAAGUUCACGCUGGGACUCCAAUUCCCCAACCUGCCUUACUACAUCGACGGCGACGUGAAGAUGACGCAGAGCAUGGCCAUCAUCCGUUACCUGGCCAGAAAACACGACCUCGCGGGAAGGAACGAGAAAGAGACCCAAGAGCUGGACAUGCUCGAACAGCAGGCGCGCGACCUCGCCUGGAACCUGGUGAUGGCCGUACUUUCGCCAACCUACCCCGAGUCUCGUCGCAAGUACGAGGAGAACAUGGAGAACGCGCUGCGACCCUGGGACGAACUGCUGCAGGGCAAACUGUGGGUGCUUGGAGACCGGCUCACGUACGUCGACUUCCUGGCGUACGAGGCGCUCGACUGGAACUACGAGCUGAACGCCAGCGUGUUCCAAGGUUUCCCCAUACUGGUCGCGUACCUGAAGCGCUUCGAGGAGCUGCCCAACAUACGGCAGUACUUCUCGUCCGGAAAGUACAGCAAGUACCCAAUGCUGGGGCCCAUGGUCAAGUGGGGAUUCAAGAAACACUAGCUGUGCCACGCAGUUCCAGCUAUGCAUGCACUCUCGGCAUCCACAGCUUGUACAGUACAGUUCACUGUUAAAGAGAACACUCGAGUGAGCACCCUUCAUAGUGCCCGCCCCAGCGGCAAGUUGACGUGAGAACAUUCUUGGUACAAGACAUUAUUCUGUUAAAGAGAGUCAUAACUGUCAAUCAUCAGUUGUCUUAUGCUAAUCUAAGCCACUGUGCUUGUGCAAGAGAGCAAUACCGGGACAUGCCUUGCACACAAGUGCUCCCUUUAACGGUGAACCCAUCUGUACACCUUGGCACACUGAAGAAGGGCAUAAAGCGAACCUUCAAGAGAACCGCUACCCGACAUGAACAACUACCGAAGUACUGCCGUCCAUGGAACAGGCACAACGAAAGUGAAAAUGUCCCCCAACUUCGCUCACCUUCGACGUUCUGCAGGAAAGUCGAAAUAAUGAUACGGAAAUCGUCAUCACUUUUUUUAUCCUCUAAUGUAUAUCAACUCACCUGGCUCGGGCUUUGCGUCUACAUUAUUUGUAUUCAUGAGUAAUGUUCAAAAUAAAGUUAUACAUUUUAAGUACAAAAAAG